GCAAGGUGCAAUUUGGCGACUGUUGAUGACAUCACUUCCGCCUCGGCAUAGCAAAAACAACAACAGAAGUCAGCUGUUUGUAAGCUACUCGCGAUAAAUACAAAUAUAUAUAUAUAUAUAUAUAAUUGAAUAUCUUUUUGUGACGUGGGACACGUAGCUACGUAUUGCCUCCACUUAGGUUAUAAUACAAUUCGUCAAAUUGUUUUGGAGUGAAAACUCAUUUUGUUUCGUCCUGACGUUAGCGACUUAGCAUGUUAGCUUCUGAAAGUACCGCAGCCUGUUCCAUUGAAAGCUUUUAGGUGAGGAGAGAGAUUUAUGGCAAAGCCGGACCACAAGACCUCCAGGUGGCGAUACUGACGGUCACAUAUCGACAUGUCUCCGCGCAAAAGAGCCCUGGUUCCUGUCAGCAAACGUCGGAAAGCCGUGGACGACCACUUCCCCUUCAACUUGCUGCCCGUGGAGUGCCAGCUGCACGUAUUGUCCUUCUUGAACGAGGUAGAUAAAUGUAGCUGUGCUCUGGUUUGCCUGAGCUGGAGCUGCCUCAUUCGUUCUUGGAAGCUCUGGCGGGUCGCGGACUAUUCCCGUCGUGGAGUUUUUCACCUGGGUCAAGAGGGACUGCUUGUGUCUAAUCGUGUGUUUGAGAGGUGGAAGUCGUGGGUUCACCACUACACCCACCAUCUAAUAUCACGCCGGGCCAGCCUGCUCACGCUGAAAGCCAGCUUUGAUUUGGGGGAUUGCUGCAAUAAGUGGGGGGAUCUCCUCAGCCACCUGUUAGACCAUGUCCACUGCAGAGAUCUCAGUCAUCUGGACCUUAAUUGGACAUUUACUCUUCUUGAACCACUGGAUCUUAGGGUGCACUCCAGCUCCAGCUCCCAUCAGGACAGCAUCACUAAGAUGGACCAGGUGACGAAUUUCCAAGAGCUGUUAACCAAACUCACACAGAACUGUCCUCGUAUCAGCAAGAUGCGGCUUCACUUCGAUUGGUCAGACUUGUCCGUGUUGCUGCUUACGCAGUUCCAGCAGCUCAAAGUCCUGGAGCUCAAGUACUUCUGGGUUUUUAAAGGCGUGACUCCGUCCACGCUGCAAACCCUAACAACAUCCCUUCCUAACCUCAAGUCUCUGACCCUGCACAUCUUGGUGCCGCUGAGGAACCUUGGCAUCUCCUACACCUUAGAGUCGCUCUCUUUGGAGUUCCUGGACGUGUCACCUAGCAGAGGACUGGUCUUCUCUUGUCUGAAGCUGCCCGCUCUGCGUGAGCUUAGAGCCAAGAAGACCGUCCGUGGGAUCACGCUGGACAGGCGCACGCGGCUGAGGAUUCAGAGCCGAUGGCCCUGCAUGUAUCAAGUCCUACGGGAGGGUACGCCAAGGCUCCAAGCCCUCAACAAUGAACGACUCCUACCCACAUGGAGAGAGAAGAUCUACGGGGAACUGUCAGGCAUCCUGGAACAGUCCUGUUACUGCGUCCAGCAUCUAGACAGCUGGCUGUGGUAGCCCAUCAACUGAAGAUAGUAGUUUUACAUUUAACUGUUUAAAAAAACUGUUAUUUUAUUGAACUGUUAGUUUAGCAAGCUGUUAUAGGACCAGUGAAAACCUGAUGCAAAAUCUCCAAACAAGUGUAAAAACAUCAUACUCAAUAAACGUCACUGAUUUUUAAUGAAUAUACAGAAAGUUCUUUGCUUCAAAAAGGUUUGAAAUGUACACAUUUUAGACCUCUUGGGGCACCGGGACUUUGAGGGGUAAGUGUGUUUUGGGGUACUGUUGGACCAUUUUGGACCUGUAGGGGAAGAUGGUCAUUUUUGGGGUAAUUUGGUAGUUUUGGGUAUGUUUGGAAUUCCCUAAAUCCAUGAAUUAUCUUUAAUACAAAUAAAUGGGCCCUAAUCACUUUGGGGACAGUUGUAGUGAAUAGGUGCCCCUUAUUGUCCUGCCCCAUUUUAUGAGUGCCCCAACCCAUCUGAAAAGGUAAAUUUUCCCUUACCCUAAUCUGCUUUGUUAAAUACCUACAAAGUCCGAGUUAACCCCAUUUAGGCCCUGGAGGUGUCCGGGAAGGUCCCUAAUAUAAAUGGGGUUUCCCAAAAGAUCCGCAAUGCAUCCAAAGAGGCCUGCGCUCAGCUCCCGGACACUUGGGUAUGUUUUGGACCUUUUUGGAGCACCAGGAACAAUAGGGGUGAGUCCAUUUUGGGGUAUUUUGGGACCUUGGGACCAUGAGGGCUCCUUUAGGACCUUUAAUGUUAAAAUAGAACCCAUCUAUUUUUAAAUCAACUGUUGAAAAAAAUGGAUUUAGCACAUUACCACGCAUAUUUGUACAGCAGUUGUUUGAGUUUAUUUGCUGAAAUGAUCAAAUCUUUAGUAAAAUUGUAAAAACAUCUCUUAUGACAGGUGCUCUAAUAAUAUUAUUUGUAAAGCAAUAUGAGUACUUUUGUGUAUCUUUCAAACGUAGCAUUGUUGUUUCACGUAAUGUCACAUCACAAGUUUGGUGUCUGUCGGUUAUUUUUAGGAAACUUCUGAGUUUCAACUAAGAAUGCAGAUUUACUUCUUUACAAAUGUACUGACCGGACAUGGACUUGUUUCAUGAUGAUCAGAUUUGACAAAUGUUUCAAGUCAAACUAAAAAAGAUUGUUUUCCUCAGCUGUCCAGGAUGUGUGACCGACCGACGCUGUUGUCCAAGUGUGAGUCAAGUUCCAUGGUUUUUAUUUACCGGGAAUCUUAAUUGUUUGCUGAGUAAUACAAUCGUUAUUCUAAUGCGCUUCUUUAAUGUUGUCAUCUGAACCCGACCAUGGCAGUGAAAGAAGUGUACUGUGAAUGUAGCCUCAUGUGUGUGCACGUCAACACAAAGGAAUAAACGAGAGAUAAACAAAGGUGUGAUCACCAUUGUAUAAAAAGAUGAUCGUGUUUUGCUUCAAUGGCCAUGAUUGCUUCUUGGAUUUAUGACACUAGCCUUUCCAUAGUUAAUGGAAAGAAGGGAAGUUCUGCAGCAUCAGCCUGGAAUUUAUAAAUGAAAUCAUGUAAAAUCUAUACAUUACGUAUGAAAGUGUGUCCAGACUAUACAGAGAGUAUCUAUGGAUGUCAAUAACUCGGUUUUAUUGAAGGCCACAUUUUCAAUAUCUGUUUCCUGUUCUGUGUUUUGUUCCCCGUGUGCUCGUUUGUGUCAUUGGUUGCACCUGUGUCAUAGUUUCCUCCAAUCCGCUGUCUUCUUCCUCUUAUGUCUAGUCCAGGUGUAUUCCGUUGUCUUAUUAUUCUGUGUACUUAGUUCUCUGUUUGCUGUCUCCUCUUUGUCAGAUUGUCAUAAAUCCUUUGUGGUUUGUUGGAUAAAUUGGAUUCAACUUUUUGACAGCACUUAAUUUUUUUAUUUUGUUUUUAUAAAUGAUAUUGAUGAACACACAAGUGUAUAUAUGCAAGAUGGUAGUGAAGUGGAUUUCUGUUCUUGUCACCCCCUCCCGGGCAGGAGGUCAACACGGCAGUGUGGCUGGAUCAAAAGAGACGUCGGAGAUGCUUUGCUGAACAAAAACUUGCUUUAUUACAAGCGAGCGUCACUAUUCCGGUCAAAAACUGAAGGACUCCUAAUUUGGAGGAGCCGAACCAUCAGUUAGUUAUAUAUUCCUUAUUUCUCUGUCUGGGUGUGUGCUUAGUCAGGACAGGACAACCUGACCAUGUAAGGAGAUGUUCGUGUGUAGUGACUGGGAAGACAACAGAUGUAUACCAUAACCAUACUU